UUGAACUAUUCCUCGACAGUUCUUUUUUGACAUUUUGUACUCAUUUAGGUUUAUUUAAAUAAAAAAUUUUCAGGAAAUUAAAAAAAAAAUAAUUUUUUAAAUAUGUCAUUACUAAAGAACGUGAGGCAAGCUCAACUUAAAAUAAAGUCUUUUCGCAAGUUCGAUCGCAUUGCUCUGGCUUUUUCGUCCGCACCAUCAUCUGAUGCGCCGGCUGCCGCUGCUCUGAGCAAGAACUUCCUACAAACCUUACGUUCUGAAACAUUUGGACAGCCCACUUAUGUGACCCAUCCACAUCUUGUUAACGAGGGAGAGCUAGUAAUAGGCCAGACAGUGGAAACUUUCCGGGAACGUCGUUCUUGGCUUUUGAGUGGCAUACAAAAGCUUGACGAAGAAAGUGAAAAAAAUUUUCAACAUAAAAAGAAAUCUCACAUGGUAAUUGUGCCGUCAGCGACUAAAAAGUACAUGAGCGACAAAAUUCCUUACGUUUUUCGGCAAAACUCUGACUUUUUUUACUUAACUGGAUGUAUGGAGCCCGAUUCGGUCCUGGUAUUGACUAUAAACGAGAAGGAAGAUGUCAAAUCGAUAUUAUUUAUGAGGCCAAAAGACAAACACGCUGAGAUGUGGGAUGGUGCUCGUACUGGGGCCGAAAAUGCCCCCGAUUUUUUUGGUGUGGACGAGGCGUACACAAUACCGCACUUUUCGAAAAUUCUAAAAAAAUACAUUGAAAGCGAAAAGCCUCUUGUUUGGUAUGAUAUACCUGCCUCAGAUCAGGCCACUAUUACCAGCGACAUACAACAGGUAACUGGUAAUACUUCAGAGCUUAAAUCUCCCGCUGUUUAUAUACAAAGCCUUCGGCUAUAUAAAUCACCUAGUGAACAAGACUUAAUGCGUCGAACCUGCCAAAUCGCUUCUAGAGCAAUAAAUGAGGUAAUAAGUGAAUCAAAACCAGGACUUUCGGAACAUCAGCUAUUUGCUGCGGUAGACUACAAAUGUCGCAUGAAAAAUGCGAAUUACAUGGCAUAUCCGCCGGUGGUAGCGAGCGGUAACAACGCAACUACAAUACAUUAUAUUAGCAAUAACCAGUUGACAAAAAGUGGCGACUUGGUGCUUAUGGAUGCUGGUUGCGAAUAUGGUGGAUAUACGAGUGAUAUCACUCGCACUUGGCCCAUAGAUGGAAUAUUUACACCGGCACAAAAAAUCUUGUAUGACGUGGUUUUGCAGUUACAAAAGGAGUUAAUAGCAACAUUAUUAAAACCUGGCGGAGAAACAUUAGACCAACUUUUCGAUACAAUGUGCGUAAAGUUAGGAAAAUACUUACAAGAAGUCGGCCUUGUACCUAAGGAUAUAGUUGAUGACAUUAGUUAUGCAAGGGCUGGCUAUAAAUUCUGCCCGCAUCAUGUAUCGCACUACCUUGGCAUGGAUGUACAUGAUACACCACUGAUACCCCGUACAUUCCCAGUACAACCGGGGAUGAUGUGCACCGUGGAACCAGGAAUUUAUAUAGGCCACGAUCGAGAAGAUGUUCCUAAAGAAUUUCGCGGUAUUGGAAUACGUAUUGAGGAUGAUGUGCUUAUUACCAGCGACCAUAAUGUAGAAGUGCUAACUGCCGAAUGUGUAAAAGAGCGCAGAGAGAUUGAAAACCUGUUUUUGACUAAACGAUAAUUUCUAUAGACAAAAUUUAGAGGGUUAAAACGAAGUGCAGUGCAAAUAGUUGGCAAUAAAUUAUUUAUUUCUUUUUUUUUGGUUCCGUUAAGUUGAAAAAUAUAAAUAAACAGUAAAUAUUAGGAAUAUAAAAAGCAGCUUAAUAAAAUUGUUGGCUGUAUUUUUUAUGGCCAAUGAAUAUUGA